AAUACAUUUCCCUUCGACGAGAGACUGAGAUUCGCUUCGAAAACCUCUCUGAAGUCGCUCCUGGCAAGGAACUCUGGAGCCUGGUACUGAAGACGACCUUGCUCCGCCUGAAGAAUUGAAGGAGGCUGAGGAUUCCGAGGAAGAUCCCGCAGUGGGAGCUCCGGAGCUCCGAGCACUGAAGACUUUGCUUCUUCUUCUCCAGAAGGACUGUCGGAGCCUCAGGAUUCCUGGGAAUCCCUAAAAUUUCUGCCGUGGCAGAUUUGGAAACUAAGGCAAGAGCAAGCAGCUCGCAUAGUCAUACAACAAAAUGAACGUCUUAGUAACAUUUGGUUGUGCUUUGUUAGCUGGUAUUGUUAAUGCGACUUAUAGCUCGGCUUUCGAUGCCUUCUGGGCGUCACUUGGUGCCGAGGAACAUGAUUAUGACCUUACUAAUUUGUACGACGAUUGCAUCAACGACGUGACCGGACCUUGGAACUCGCCAAUUGCAGCAGGCAUUGCUGCCACCGGUCUUGCUGUUGGCGGACGCUUAGGUUGGCUCGCGUACCGGAAAUGGAAUAUUUUCGGCAAGGAUAAUGAGGAUACGGACCAGGACCACGAAACGGACAAGAGGAACGUCCAAACCCAGGUGUCUCUAGAACAUCUGGGAGAACAAGAACCUGACGACGAACAAGAUGUGGAGGCGCACCGGGAAACUGACAAAAGGAAUGUCGAAACCCAGGUGUCUCCAGAACAUCUCGGACAACCAGAACCUGACAUCGAACCAGGCGAGGAUAUGGAAAAAACUAAGCUGACAGACAUCUUGCGCCUACAAGAGAAACUGCUUGAAGAAAAGAAGCAGUUAGAGGAAGAACUGAGAGAUGUCGUCAGUCAAAGAAACAGGAUUGAGGAGUGCCUGGAAAAGGAGCAAGAAGACAUCCUGAUUCUGAAGGACGAAUUAAUGGCAAUGGAAUAUGAAAACGAGGUCAGGUUACGAGAGAAGGAAAAUGAAAAUGCAGCUGCAAAAAAGGCCAUGGAGAUGGCUUUAGACGAACAGCGCAGAGCAAAUCACCUCUUGAAAGAGGUCGAAGCCCAGAACAAAGCUUUACAAUGUCGUCUGAUGGAAAAAGAUGAGUUGAUAAAGCAGAAAAACGACGAACUGGAACGUAAAAAUGAAACCGAAGUCUCUAGAAAGGAGGAAGAGCUGAACGUGCUCUUGAGAGAAGCCAGUCAAAAGGAAAAAGACUUCGGUUUCUACAUGAAAAAUGCUAAGAAGGACAUGGAAGAGAGAGAAAGAAGUCUCGCCCAAAAAGGAAAGGAGCUGGACAAGAAGUUCUCCAAUAUACAACAGGCGAAGAAGGACCUCAAAAGCGAAGAGAAGAGGGCAAAAAAGGCGGGGCAAUCGGCCCAGGAGAAGGAAAAUGUCCUACUGAAAUUGGAGAAGGAGUUGAAGAAGAGGGAAAAAGCUGUCUUUGAUCAAGAAAAGAACCUCCUUCAAUUGCAAGAAAAGUUGCGAGGAAAAGAGGAAGCUGUCCUGAAACUGGAGAAGAAUGUGAAUAAGUUCGAUGAAGAGUUACAAGCCAAAGAAGAGGCUGUAACCCAAACGCAGAAUAACCUGUUGGAAUUCAAUGAGAAAUUACAGGCGAGAGAACACGAACUGGUGGCAAAGGAGGAGUCCAUCCGCCAUCAAGAAUCUGUUCUCAUGGAAUUCAGUGAAAAAUUACAGGCGAGAGAACAAGAACUGGUGGCAAAGGAAGAGUCCAUCUGCCACCAAGAAUCUGUUCUCAUGGAAUUCAGUGAGAAGUUACAGGCGAGAGAGAAAGAGCUGUUGGUUAGAGAAAUAGAAGAGGACUUGCAAGGGCAAAAAGGUAGGCAGCUCCUUCAAAACGAGAUAAGUCCAGUGUUAGACGAAGGGUUACCUGAAGAAGGUGAAACCCAAGUAAGUUGCGAGAGACCCCCAGCCAAUGAGGACAAAUUUCUACCUGCUGGGGAAGAAGAAAAUGAAGUCACCGAAGGUGUACCCAAAGUAAGUUUUGACAGACCCCCAGGCGAUGAGGACAAAAUUCUACCUGCUGCCAGUCCCUUCACUUUACUGAAUGAAGUGGAGAAUGUGAAAGAAGAAUGCCUCAAAGAGACGAAAGGGAAAAGAAGGAAAAAUAGACGCAAAAAGAGGCAAGAGAGACAGCAAGAUCGUCUUGAGGAGGAAACCACCGCUGUUUCAGAGGCAGCCACCAAACCUGAAGUGGAAGACGGUGAACCUGAAGGAGGAAGUUCUGGAAGGCCAAACCUUUCAGAUGAGGACGAAUCACUGCCUGCUGGGAAGGACGACAUGGAAAUGGCCGAGUUCCCCAUUGCCAAUCCCCUCACCUUCAUCUAUGAUGUGGAACAACUGGAGAAAGAAUGGAUAGAGGAGGAGAAGAAAGGCAAACAACGGAGAAACAGAAGGAGAAAGAGGCAGCGAGAAGAGACUGAAGAUUAUACGCCUGUGAACAUUGAACCUGAAUCAGGAGUUGAAGAAAAUUUCAUAAUAGAGGACACUUUAGAAAUGGAAGACAACUACGAAUCACAUGAUGACAGCGAAGAAUCAAACUAUUGGGAAGACACAGAAGAUGAGGAGUUCUCAGAAGAGCACGAGGAGGACGAGGACGACUCAGAAGAGGUUGAGGAGGAUGAGGAGGACUCUGAACUAGAUGAGGAGGAUGAGGAGGACUUAGAAGAUGAAGAGGACUUAGAAGAAGAUGAGGAGGAUGAAGAGGACUUAGAAGAAGAUGAGGAGGAUGAAGAGGACUUAGAAGAAGAUGAGGAGGAUGAAGAAGACUUAGAAGAAGACGAAGAGGAUGUGGAGGACUCGGAACAUAACAGGCCUAAAGCUAAAGCUAAAGCUCCAGGUCAAGAGUAUGUAUGGCGGAUUCCAGGGCUACCCAGGAAACGAAUUCCGGGACUACAGAAGAUGAGGCCGCCGAAACCACGAGUGAAAAAAUCGAGGAAGAAGACGAAGGAGCAAAAGAGCCAAAUGAAAGAGGCUCAAAAAACAAGCCCACACAAGGUAGGUUAUGAGGAAAUCAGUUCCAAGCGGAGGAGGGAGGAAACAGAUGGACUUAGCUUUGUGGGUAAACAAGGCUAG